CACUUUCCUCUCCAUGCCCCCCACAUACGAUUUUUUUAUCAACUCAAGUUCAUUCGAAAUUUCGAAUUGAUAGCAAAAUUUUCUCGAAUUUUUAACUUUUAAGGAGAGCUUUGGUGAAUUUUAUACCACAAGAUUCAGCUUUAAUGCAAUUUCAUAAGCGUGUUUUUUAGAACUUGUUGCGGCGAUGAGCGUAGUUGAAGAUCAGCGUCAAAAAGAUGACACAGGUGUCACCGAAUUCAAUGAAAAAUACGAGAUCAAGCGAUGCGCUGAUUGGAUUAGUAUCAACCGUUAUCGAAAGGUUUGCUUACAAUUCCCUGACGAAUUACUUCAUGCCGCUGUUGAUGUUAUAAGUCAGCUUCAGAUAUAUACAGAUGCCGAAUUUUACGUAUCAGCUGAUGCUACGUUUCGUAGUUGCUGUUUGGAUUUCAAAACAGCGAAUCACGUAAACGCCGACGCUUUGAUUCAUUUUGGCCGAACUUGUUCGAGUCGUUUUCAGUCAAAUUCAAUUGCGUCACUGUUCAUUUUACCGAAAGAAUAUUUAAAUGUAGACGCCUUAUGCGAAUGCGUCACUUCGUUUGUUGAACAAAAACGUUGUAAUGUCGUAUUAUUAUACGAUAUUGCUUUCGCUCAUUACGCUGAUAAAAUUGACGACCGGUUAUCGGAGCUACGCUCAAAUAUUAGCUUAUCACGAUUACUUGUCACCGAAGAUGUAAACUGUGAUACGACCAGCUCUGAAGUAGAAAAUCAAUCGAAUGUAGUCAAGAAAUUAGGUCGUCAAUAUCACAUUGAAUUUCCCGAUGGUGAUCGGGAGUUGGUCUAUAUUUAUGUUAUCUCGCCCAGUAGCCAGAAAAAUUUCGAUAAUUUUCUUUUUUCGUUACCUGAAAAUUCAUUUUACGCUUACGAUAGCAGCACAAAUAGUUUAUCGGAGCAGUUCAUACCGAAAACCAUUAAGAAAACAUUGUUCCAAGUGGAAAAGGUGAAACAAGCCAGACGAAUAGGAAUUUUGGUGGCUACCUUAGAAGCACAUUUGUUUCUCGAUGCUGUGCAAAGAAUAAAGAAAUUAUGUGCGCUGAAAAAGAAAAAAGCCUACAUUAUAUCUGUCGGAAAGAUGAACGUAGCAAAGCUUGCUAACUUUCCAGAGAUCGAUGUGUUCGUUAUGAUUUCAUGCCCCGAAGUCGAAAUUACCAAUAGAAAAGAUUAUUUUCAAACUAUCGUCUCCAUGAUGGAACUUGAACUAGCGUUGAACGAUAAUCACCAAUGGAGCGGGAAAUUUGUAGCGGAUUUCAGCGAAUUUUUGCCAGAUGGAAGUGAAUAUAAACCUAUGAAUGAAAAUACCUCCAACUCGGAAGAAGCACAAGCCGAUGUUUCGUUACUCAAUAACCGUUUAAUCGGGUUCACCAGUGUCAAUGAUCAGGGGUCUUCCAACGCUGUAAUCCAGUCCUGCAAUACGGUUUUGGCGAUAAACGAAUCGCAGUACGAUUUAGCUAAUCGAACUUGGACCGGAUUACAAACACAAAUUACCGAUGAUAUUCCUGUAUCAAUUGCUACCGCUGGAAGGAAAGGAGCUCCGGCUGCAGGAUAUGAAACCCCAUCAUCUGACCACGUGACUUGAUGGGCGUUGCUCUUCCUUUUAAAGCGCACACGCUUAAUUACCAAUAAUUCGUUUUUUUCUACUCGUUUACUGACUUUCUUAUUUAAUUUUUUUCAUUUCGAUGUUGAACGAGAUGAAGAGACGUAAUUAAAUUUUACUGUUCUCGUU